CGUAUACUCCAGCGCUUCCGGUAGGCGUGGCUCAAACUCCUUCGCCCGAGUGUCGCUGUUCUGCUGUUCAAACCUCAGGUUCAGUCCAAGACUCGGUUUAUUUAUAUCAAAUUUCUUUUCUUUUUCUUUAUAAUGUCCGUGAAUUUAAGUAAGAACGGUCCAGCGCUUACAGCCGCCUAUAAGGAGGUGGUGGAUGAGAAAUCCGAGACUAACUGGGCUUUGUUCACGUAUGAAGGAAACACCAAUGAUAUCCGUCUGGCUGAUAAAGGGGAGGGAGGUCUGGAGGAGCUGGUGGAGGAGUUGAACAGUGGGAAGGUGAUGUACGCCUUCUGCCGGGUGAAAGACCCAAACUCCGGCCUCCCGAAAUACGUCCUGAUUAACUGGACCGGCGAGGGGGUGAAAGACUCCAGGAAAGGACUGUGUGCCAACCACGUGAGCUCCAUGGCUAAUUUUCUGAAGGGAGCACAUGUGACUAUAAACGCUCGUGCAGAGGAGGAUGUGGAACCCGAAGCCAUCAUGCAGAAAGUGGCCAAAGCUUCAGGAGCCAAUUACAGCUUCCACAAGGAGUCCAACCGCUUCAGAGACACUGGACCUCAGGGGCCUGUGGGUUCUGUGUAUCAGAAGACCAACGCGAUGUCCGAAAUCAAGAGAACCAACAAGGAUAACUUCUGGGCGCAGGCAGAGAAAGAUGAGGAGAAGCGACGACAGGAGGAGAAGAAGAAGGCGGAUGAGGAGCGUCAGCAGCUGGAGAAGGAGAGGAAGGAUCGGGAGGUCAAGGAGGCGGUGCUGAGGGAGAAGGCGGCCAAAGAGAGAGCCUCACAGAUCGAUGAGUCGAGGAAGUACCAGCAGCAAGUUGAGAGUAAGCAGGAGAAACAGCAGGAAGAGGAGGAGCCGACAGACAGACCCAAAUCCUUUAAGCGUGCAGAAUCUGUGGAAAAAGCCAAUGAUGCUGCUGCUCUCAUCUCCCAGCGUUCUGUGAACCCCAGAGAAAUGUUCCAACAGAGAGAGAGGGGUGUGCCAGCCAGCAGCACAGACAACACACCGUCCAGUCCACAGCCUGGGCGGUUGAAAAGCCCUUUUCUCUCUAAGCAGCCUUAUGAGCCCGAGCCGCCUCGCUCUCCUCUACACCAGGUCUCACCUGUACGAGCCACAGAAACCAGAGUUGUGGAGUCUCAGAAUGAGUACGAGGAAGCAGAAGCUGAAGCAGAGUACGAAGACGUCGCAGAGGUCAGUAAUCAGUACAGCUCUCAUGUGGAACAGCAUGAAAAUGAACCAGAACCUGAGCCAGAGAACAUUUAUGAAGAACCACCACAGGAGCAGAACUUAUAUCAAGAUGCAGACACAAGUGAUCGUGGUACCUGUGCUCGAGCACUGUACGACUACCAGGCAGCUGACAACACAGAGAUCUCCUUCGACCCGGAUGACAUCAUCACCAGCAUUGAAAUGAUCGACGAAGGCUGGUGGAGAGGCUACGCGCCGGACGGCCAUUUUGGAAUGUUCCCAGCCAAUUACGUCGAGCUUCUCUAAGAGGCUCCGGCCAAUCACGUCUGGGGCCCUGAUGUCGCUCCGCCCAUGUAGGGAUUUAGUCACUUGGGGAAGCCGUUAUAUUUAAUUGGGCGGGUUGAACAAAACGCAUCGAUCAUCGUAAGAAAAAACCCUACAGUUUUUUUUUUUUGUUUUUUUACAAUGGUGUAUUUUUUUUUUUUUUUUGCAUUAAACAUUCCUGUAAAAACUGUAAUACUGUGUACUCACUGGCUCAAAGAAUCGUGUGUCAUUGAGUAAAUAUUUGUGGUUCUUUUAAUUAUGUUAACUACAAAAAUUCCAUCGAUCUCUUCACUUUGUAUUUCAUAAUCCUAUAAUAUUCAGUAUUUCCUCUUUUAGGUUUUUUUUUUGGGACCAAUUCCUGUUUAAUGCGACGAGUUUCAGUUUAAAGAGCGCUUUAUCUUCUGAUGUGAUCUCCGAGGACCUGUUUUGCCUUGUUUAUUUUUUGUUGCCUUUUUUCUGCACAUUUUGGAGCAGGAAAAAAAAAAACCCUCAGCCGAUGAUCUGAACCCAGACGCCCAUGAAAACUCAGUAGUCUGAUGAUUUCUCUGCGUUUCUCAGCGUUUAAGAGGCUGAACCGUGAUGAUAAACUUCUCCUGGCCUUCCGUCUGCUCUGAAAUGUCGGAAAGAAAUACUGUGAUCUUCGUUGCAUUCUUUACGUUUCAGGGAAAAAUCAUUCAAACGGUUCUAAAUGGAUUUCUUGGCUGCUUUUGCAUCGCCGUUUUUUUUCUUCUCUCUCUCCUUUCUUUUUUUUAGAUGAAUUAAUUACACCACGGUUCUUUUCUUCGAUCUGCACAGCUCUUGAAAACCCGCACGCUGACCAGCUGUGAAGCCGUGCCAAUAAAAGGAGUUCGAUUGAUUAUUAUUUUUCGAAUUGAACAAAUGUUUGAUUGUGUGGCGAAUCCUCGUGUGAGCGCCAGCGGAGUUCCUUCAGAUCAUUGUUUUAAAUCCGAACGAUGAAAUAAAGGAAGUGAAAACGCUGA